AUGCCAAAGUUACCAUGGAGAACUGUCCACAUAGAUUUUUAUGGUCCACUACCAUCGUCUGAAUAUCUGUUAGUGGCGGUAGAUAGAUACUACAGAUUCCCAGAGGUUGAGAUAGUUCAUUCAACACGAGCCUCAACAGUCAUUCCAAAACUUGACAAAAUGUUCUCAGUCCAUGGCAUUCCUGACACCAUUAUAUCUGACAAUGGUCCCCCUUUUAACGGAGACGAAUAUGCACGAUAUCUGAAAGCCCUUGGCAUUCAAGCUAAGUUUUCAACACCCUACUGGCCCCAAGGUAAUACUACAGUUGAACGAUUUAUGCGACCGUUAGGAAAAGUGCUCAAGACAGCGACACUCGAAGGACGACCAUGGAAACAAGAAUUGAACCGUUUUCUUUUACAAUAUCGUACCACUCCACAUUGCACUACAGGAGUACCUCCAUCAUAACUGUUGUUUAACCGAGUGAUAAAAGGAAAAUUACCAGUUAUAAACAGUAAAAAAUUGUCAAUCGACAUAAAGAAGCUCGAGACAAUGAGAAAACACGACAAGAACUCAACCGAGAAUAUGCAAAUCAAAGGAGAAACACAAGAAAAAGUGAUCUACAAGUUGGAGAUUAUGUACUGGUUAGACAAGAAAAGAAAAACAAGCUAACUGCGAAUUUUAAUCACAAACCGUAUAAAGUGAUAAAGAAAACUGGUUCAGAGAUACUUGCCCAAAGUAAAGAUGGUCAUAUUGUGAAACGCAACGUGUCACAUUUCAAGCGAAUAAUAAACCACGAGAAGAAGACACUGAUGAUGAAGGUUUCGAUUAUGAAGAAAACUCGCAGAACAAUCAGCCAUCCAUCAGUAAUGAAAACAACGAAGUACCAAGAAGAUCAAGCCGAAUUCGAAUACCACCGAAUCGAUACGGACAUGAAUAUCCAUCAAAUCUAA